GUGUGACAUUUCAAAAGGCCUUUUAUAUGACAGUUUAGCCACUGCGAAAAAUAAACAACAACCUACCUACAACACUCAACUUAUCGCGCAAUCAAAAUAUUCAAGAAUACUUUGCAGAAAUUUCGAUUUAAACUAAAUUGAUUUGAAAUUUUACAGCAAGAAUCUGUGGCGUGGUAUGCAAAUUAAGAAGAAGUUUCGUUGUCAAUGUGUUUUUGUGGCUAAAAUCUGAAUUUUUCGUGAUUUGGACAUUGUGUACUUAGACAUUCUGCGAAGUCAAUCUCAAAUCAAUUUUUACAUGCAAUUUUGAUGAUCUUAAGCAACGACACAAUUGAAAACAAAAAUAUGUACGCAGAAGUUGACGUAUUUAUCAGUAAUUAUACUUUAGUUGAUGCAGACAUCUUUCAACUAUGGACAGAAGGCUACUCGUCUACCGAAGCGGUUCAUUUUCAAAACACAAAAGGUGUUGCUAGAAAUAUGGGCGCCCCAUUGGAGUUGAUUGCAUCGGACGUUUUGGAUCACUAUCGCACAUACUCGCUUCUAGAGCGUUUGUUAUACACACCAACAAAACUUUCCGAACAGCCAUCAUUUCAAUUGGAGCCACAAAGUCAACAUCUUCUCAUUGAAAAAUACUACAAUUUGGAUCACUCUGUGGCACGUGAAAUACUUGGCAAGAAGCUAUCGUCGCGAUAUCGAAAGGAUUUGGAUGAAGUGGCUGACAGAACGGGCAUUCGGUUGAAAUCAUGCCGUCGACAAUUCGACAAUGUCAAACGAAUAUUCAAAUGCGUCGAGGAGAUGCCGGGCAACGUUACCAACAAUAUCAAGCAGAACUUCUUGCUUCCCGAUGAACUCGCACGGAAGUAUGCCGUGAUCGUGUUCAUCGCUUGUUUGCGUUUUGAGACGGCCAAACGACGCCUACAAUAUUUGGAUUUCAGUGAUUUCUUCGAAUGUUCACAAGCCAUCAUGACCUACUGGACGUACACAUAUCAACACUCUGGUCCUGAGUAUUACGACACGGAAAUGGAUCGCGAAUUUCUGUUAGACCUAAGAGAGGUGCGCAGUUUGUUGGACAAAGAGAAGGAAAUCAAACACUUGGUGUUGAUUCGUUUGAAAUCAGUCAUACUUGAACGCGCCUACCAAGAACUAGAUCUCAACUUCAGAUCCUACUGGCGUUCAUUGAUAACAAUUGCAAUCAAUUUGCACCGGACGCGUGAGCUUCGUUGUCUAUUUAUGGAGUUGUCAGAGAAACUCAUCGAGCCAUGGCGCACCAACAAUUGGCAACUUGAAACUGUCAAAUCAUUUUUGCCAGCAGUGACUCAAAGCGUUCUGGAUUUAGAAGUGGCCAGAGAACAGGAAAUACGCUUGCUUUUCGAUCGUUAUAUGGCCGUCAUCACAGUUAUGUUAAUUAAAAUGUAUCACAGUUAAUGUACUUGAGCAAAAUGCCAAAAAUGCUUAUGCAAAUGUUACUUAAUUUUAAUUCUUCUUAACUUGAAGCGUUGAUAGAACACAUUUUCUUUUUAAUUGUUUCGCCAAAUGUGUUUCGCAACAAUUUUAUGCCCGUUUUAUUAAGAAAAUAAUGAAUUGUGUUCCAAAAAAUUUAGGACUUAAAUUUUAGCCUAUUCCCGCUGUACUGUGUCCACGGCCAAACUUUUACGAGUACUGAAUUUUGUAACAAUUUACUUUACAACAUUUUCGUUUUAAUUGUUCUUUAUUUGCAUGAAUACUAUUGGUUGAGUGACAAACAUAGACAUAUACUGUUCAAACUAACAGGACAAUGUGUUCUGUAGAAGAAUAUUAUGGACCACAUAAUUUAUGGCUGGGUGCUUUGCAAAACAGCCAAUAGAGAAUAAGCCGUUUUCACAAUCUGGAAAUAAAAAUUCAACUCAAGCUAUUAUUGAACAAA